AUGCAAAUUAAGCUCCUAAAGCAACUCUUGCGGAUGCAUCAUAUUGGUCCAAUCGGUCGAGGUCGGAGAGCUGCCAUGGGUUCAGACAACAUCGGCCCCAGAGAUGUCUGCGUUGUCGGGGUCGCCCGCACCCCUAUGGGUGGUUUCCUCGGCGCCCUGUCUUCCUUGUCUGCUACCAAACUCGGCUCCGUAGCUAUCGAAGGUGAGAUCAGUAUCUUCUCUAUAUGCCCCCGUGAAGCUGCUCUGAAAAGGGCAAAUGUGGAUCCAUCCCUUGUGCAGGAGGUCUUCUUCGGCAAUGUCUUGAGUGCUAACUUGGGGCAAGCUCCUGCAAGACAGGCUGCCUUGGGUGCAGGGAUACCAAACACGGUUGUUUGCACUACCGUCAACAAAGUCUGCGCGUCUGGCAUGAAAGCAACGAUGUUUGCUGCACAGUCGAUUCAAUUGGGCAGCAAUGAUAUUGUAGUGGCAGGUGGCAUGGAAAGCAUGUCGAAUGCUCCGAAGUACAUCGCUGAAGCUAGAAAAGGUUCUCGUUUCGGACAUGACAGCCUUGUUGACGGUAUGCUUAAGGAUGGCCUUUGGGAUGUAUACGGCGAUUGUGCCAUGGGAGUGUGUGCUGAGCUUUGUGCUGACAAUCAUGCUCUGACAAGGGAAGACCAACACAGCAGGGCAUAUGUUUUGUCAGUUGUUACUUCUAGAGAUUCAGUAGAGGAUGCUUUUGCUAUCCAAAGUAAUGAGCGGGGAAUUGCUGCUCGUGAUAGUGGCGCUUUUGCAUGGGAGAUCGUUCCGGUUGAAGUUCCUGUUGGCAGAGGAAAGCCACCGGUGCUUGUUGAAAAAGACGAGAGCUUAGACAGGUUUGACCCAGCGAAACUGAGGAAGCUCCGCCCAAGUUUCAAGGAGAACGCUGGUACUGUUACUGCCGGGAAUGCUUCUAGUAUAAGUGAUGGUGCUGCUGCAUUAGUAUUGGUGAGUGGGCAGAAGGCUCAAGAACUUGGACUGCAGGUUCUUGCAAGGAUCAAAGGAUUUGCCGAUGCAGCUCAAGCUCCCGAACUAUUUACCACUACCCCUGCACUUGCCAUACCGAAGGCUCUCUCAAAUGCUAGCUUAGAAUCCUCAUCUGUUGAUUUUUAUGAAAUUAACGAAGCCUUUGCGGCUGUUGCACUUGCAAAUCAGAAGAUUCUCGGAAUCCCUUCAGAAAAGAUUAAUGUACAUGGAGGAGCGGUGUCUUUAGGACACCCUCUUGGAUGCAGCGGUGCUCGCAUUUUGGUCACCCUUAUUGGUGUCCUCAGGGAGAAGGGUGGCAAAAUCGGGGUGGCCGGCGUCUGCAACGGUGGAGGCGGCGCAUCCGCACUUGUUCUCGAGCUCGCGUAG